AGUAGAUCUUUUAUUCUGUCUGUCGUAACGUAACCUCAAUAGCCGAACCCAUACAAAGCAAUGAAUCGAAUCUUAAUAAGGCCCAUACACAAUGAUUAAUAAAAAGAAAUCAAUUUUUUACUUAACCAAGUUAUUUCAAGAACCUAUACUUCCGAUACAAAAAACUCCAAAACGUUCUUCCUCAGGAGAUGGAUAUAAACCACCUUGGAAAAUUCUGUUUUUUGGCGCAGAUAACUUUUCACUAUUCAGUUUAUCUGCUUUGCUGAACGAAUAUAGAAAGGGCGAGACAAUAAAUAAGUUGGAAGUAUGUACAUCGGUAAAGAAAAUAAAAAACGAUGUUUACAAAUUUGCCGAAAAAGAAAACUUGAGAAUACGGCAGUGGCCACCUGAUUUAAGUCAAAAUGAAUUUGAUACAGGAUUAGUUGUAUCUUUCGGUCAUCUUAUCCCAAGAAAUGUCAUCGAAAGAUUUCCACUAGGAAUGAUAAAUGUACAUGCCAGCUUAUUGCCUCAAUGGAGAGGAGCUGCUCCCAUUAUUUACUGUCUGGCUAAUGGAGAGAAUGUUACGGGUAUAUCAGUUAUGAAAAUUGAGCCUUUGAAAUUUGAUGUAGGCAAAAUAUUGUCUCAAAACUCUUUCAAUAUACCUGAUGAUAUGUAUAUGCCUGAAUUGAGUAAUGCAUUGGGUGCUCUUGGAGCCAAAGAAUUGAUAAAUUGUCUGAAAGAUUUACCAAACAGAUUGAUUAAUGCUAAACCACAAUCUGAAAAUGGCAUUUCUUAUGCACCAAAGGUUAACCCAUCUUUUGCACAAAUUGAUUGGAAGAACAUGACGUCUAUAAAAAUAUUCAAUUUAGAAAGAGCUCUUCGUGGAUUUUUACCUCUCACAUCAACUUGGAAAGGAGAAAUCGUCAAGUUUUUCAAUGUUCAUAAGUGUCAAGAUGGAUCUGUUAUUCAAAUCAAACCAGGGUUCAUAAUUUAUGACGAUGAAUUGAGAGUUCUAAAAGUGUGUUGUGCAGAUAAUAAAUAUGUAACUAUUGAGAAAGUUCAAAUUUUCCAGAAAAAAGUAAUGUCAGCUAAGGAUUUCAAUAAUGGUUAUUUGAAGAAAACACCAUUAGAGAAAAGAUACUUUCUUUGAGGUGCAAUUCUUCACUCCAUAUAUUGGAAAAUUCCAAACACAGUAACGAAAAAUGUUUACAUACAGUCAAGAAGUGUUAUAUUAUGUUUGAAAGAAUUGUUGUUCUAUGAUCUAUGCUAGCACCUGUAACUCGAGAAAUUGUAGGUGGAUGUGUUUGAGAUUUCCAACACUCGAUGAAUUUCAGAAUGUAGUUAUACUUACCAUCUGUGAAAAUGAAGUAAAGUUUUAGAUCCUGUUUUC